AUGAGUCAACAGCAAGCCCGUCCUCUUCCGCCUGGCAUCCGUGUCAACCAGAUCCAAACCCUUCCGCAUUUGACCGACCAACAAAAGGCUACAUACACCCGCGGAGUCGCAAGUCUUUACGAGGCUUUCCAGAAACAUGACAAGGAGAGCCCGGAGUAUAAGACGGCGGCUGCUAAGCUGCUGGAGUUUACGAAGAAAAUGGGCAAGGAGAUGAAUGAGUGGAAGGCAGCCCAGGCGGCAGCCGCUGGCGGCGCAGGUGGCGGCGGACAACCGGCCCAGCAGGCGCAACAGCAGCAGGCUCAAGCCGACAGGCCCCAAAGUCAAGGUCAGCCUGCGCAGCAACCGCCUCAGCAGAACCAGGGUCAACCCGCGCAUCCAGGCGGCGGGACUCAGCUCCCGGCCCAAAUUGUACAGCACAUCAAUAGCUUUCCGUUCCAGCUGCCGCCUAACAUCCCGACCGGAACGCCUGAGGCAGAGACCAAGUUGAGAGAGGUCAAAAAUCAUUACGCUUCGAUGCUCCACAGGCAGGAGCAGCUCGCAAAUAACCUAAAGAAGAUGACGGCUAUGAUGCAGGAACGCCAGAGCAAUGGGCAGGAGAUCCCUCCGAACUGGCUCAGCCAGAAGCCACAAAUGGAGGCGCAAUACAACCAGGUCAAAAGAUCGGUUGCCGAGUUUAGAAAGAAUCAAGAGCAACUCAAGCAGAAUGCAAUGCAGAAUCAACAGAGCCAACAGAGUCAGCCGCAACAGCAGCCGCAGCAGCAGCAGCACCCACAGCAGCCUCCCCAGCAACAACAAGCGAAGCCGCCGGUCCAGCAGCAGCAGCCGCAAGCUGCAGUUCAACAAACCCCGCAACAGCCGCAGCAAACCCCUCAACAGCCAAAUGGACAACAGAUCAAACCCGAAACUCCCGUGGCGCCCCCGACGCCCGCCCAAUCGCAGCAGCCCAUGCAAAUGGGUGGCCAGCCCGGCCAUCCGUCUCAGCAGCCGCAGCAGGGCGGACAGAACCAGCCCCUUGCUACCAAUCCGGCAGUGCAUGCGGCGCGUCAACAGCAACCACCGAUGAGCCCAGCAAAUGCCGGAUCGCAGCCACCGGGUCAGCCUGCUUUCAGUGGACAGGUUACGCCGCAGGGCGGGCAGAUGCAACAGCAGCAAAACAUGAACCAGCAACGGCCCCCGCUUAACCCGCAGCAAGCAUCUCAAAUGAAUCAGAUGCAACACUCGCCGCACCCGCCGAGUGCAAACCCCAAUGGUCCUAUCCCAUUGACGCACGGCCAGGCCAUGGCAAACGCCGCCCGCACGUACUCGGACAGCCGCGGCACGCCGCAAAUUCCAGCAGCACAGGGCUACCAGUCUAUUGGGAAUCGGACUGAUCAGAUGACAAACCCCAAGAUGCCAAUCCCAAAGACGCUCAAUGCUCCACCGCCUCACCCCGUCACCAUGGGGCCUGCCAGACCAACCCUCGGAGGACCCAGCAACGGCGCUCCUGGCAUGAUGGGACAGCCUGUCAUUGCAGGACACCCGCAGUACCACCUGGAGGGCGAUGAGAAUAGAGUACUGAGCAAGAAGAAGCUUGACGAAUUGGUGAGACAGGUGACUGGGUCGGGUGAGCCCACGGGUGAAGCGCUAUCGCCCGAGGUCGAAGAGGCAAUGCUCCAGCUGGCCGACGACUUUUUGGACAACGUCGUGUCGUCGGCGUGCAAGCUUGCUAAGCUUCGCGAGUCAUCGCAACUCGAAAUCCGCGACAUCCAGAACAUCUUGGAGCGCAACUACAACAUCCGUAUCCCGGGCUACGCAUCGGACGAGAUCCGCACGGUUCGCAAGUUCCAACCGGCGCCAGGCUGGACUCAAAAGAUGAAUGCCGUCCAAGCCGCGAAAGUCAUGGGUGGGAAGACAGAUUAA